GCGGUACUGCAGCCACGUCAAACGGAAUAUAGUCCGACCUCGUAUCGAAGCCACCGCGCACUGCACACACCGGCACAACCAGAGUGCCGCCGCAGCGGUCGAGAACGCAUCCGCCGAAUCACCAUCAUCGUAAUAUCAGUGACAUAACACGUCACAACGCCUGAUACUAGAUGUUCUAUACUUAUUCUAUGCGUGCGUGCGACGAUGCAGUUUGGGGAGUUCUGGUAGGCAGUUCUAGCAGUGCUAGUACUGUACGUCUGGCAGGGGAGGAGUGUGCAAACAGAGCCUCUCACCACCACACCAGGACCCAACCGCCGCACCGAGAGAAGUGCGCGAAAAGAUCUAAUAAUACAGAAGAGCCUAAUAUAGAAACACCCCAUCACCCCUUCUAAAGCCUCCCAACCAAUCAACCAGCCAGCCCAGGCCAGCCUUGCACACACGUAUUCCCUCGCACAAAGGAAAAGCCCACCGCGCGCGCCGGCGCGCGCGUGCGUGGUGUUUCAAUCCCCGUCUAUGGAUCCAUCCCAUCCUAUCCAUCUCAUCUCAUCUCAUCUCAUCUCAUCCAUCAAUCCAGGUCACCGGCAGGCAAGGCAAGACAAGGCCAGGACCAGGUAAGAAAGGUAAGGCAAGCCUGGCAAGGAAAGGUAUAGAGCAAAUCCCAACUCCACGGCGCUCGCC